UAUCUCACGUUCCUCAGUCCUCACUCAGUAUGGAGUUUGGAAGGAACCACUUCUCACUCGGUUCUGACUUGUUUCCUUUCACACUCUGAUCGCAAGGGUUAAACAUCAAUUCUUGUCAUGGUUCAGAGGGAAGGGGUUUCAUGCACUUUUGGUUCAAGUUCUGGGUCUGUCUAGUUUAUUCCUUUUGGUUUUACUUUUAACUUCAUUUUUAUUUUUUUUUGAAAAUUCAGCUUAAUCCAAGUAAAAAUGUGCAUAUGUCACUCUGGGUAGGACUAGUGCUUCGUUUCUUCGACAAAAGGAAAAACUUUUCGUGAAAAUUUUCGAUCUUUACCAUUUAGGCUUUUUGUUUUAUCAGCUUAGGGGUUUAGAAGAAUUGAAUUGAGAAAUUGGGGCAAUGGCCUCCGACAAGGUUUAAGAAAGAGGUUGAAGAUGUCGUUUAGGAGUAUCAUCCUGGAUAGGAAGGGAUUUGAGGUGAAGUUUGGGUAUGGUAUGAGAUCCAGGUCACAGUCACACAGUGAUGUUAUUGCCCAGGAUAGUUUGGUGGUGCUUGAUGGCUUGAAGCAGAGUUGUUGGGCUAACAUGCCCCCAGAGCUUUUGAGGGAUGUUCUCAUGAGGAUAGAGGCCUCAGAAAACACCUGGCCUUCCCGGAAACAUGUCGUCGCCUGCGCCGGUGUUUGCCGCAGUUGGAGAGACAUUAUGAAGGAAAUUGUCAAAUCUCCUCAAGUAUCCAGCAUGUUGACAUUCCCAAUCUCCUUGAAGCAGCCUGGUCCAAGGGACUCUCUUCUUCAGUGCUAUAUUAGACGAAAUCGCGGUAAUCAAACAUAUUAUUUGUUUCUUGGUUUAAACCAAGCCUCAACUGACGAUGACAAGUUCCUGCUUGCUGCACGAAAGUUUCGACGGGCAACCCACACUGACUAUAUCAUAUCUCUAAACAAUGGCGAUGUAUCAAGAGGGAGCAGCACCUAUAUUGGGAAGUUGAGAUCAAACUUUCUGGGCACCAAAUUCACCGUGUAUGAUGCACGCCCUCCAAUUUGUGGAGCCAAAGUUACAAAGUCUCGUUCUACCAGGCUAGUUAGUCUCAAGCAAGUGUCUCCAAGAGUUCCUGCUGGCAACUAUCCUAUUGCGCAUAUCUCAUAUGAUCUGAAUGUUUUGGGCUCUAGGGGCCCUAGGAUAAUGCAAUGUGUUAUGGAUGCUAUCCCUGCCUCAGCUGUUGAACCUGGAGGUGUGGCCCCGACACAGACUCAAUUUCUUCAUAGCAGAAUUGAUACUUCUCCAUCUAUCCCUUUCUUUAGAUCAAAAUCAACCCGCAUGGAGAAUCUCCAAUCUGUACCUUUGACUUGUCAAAAUGAGGGGACACUGGUAUUACGAAACAAGUCCCCUAGGUGGCAUGAACAACUCCAAUGCUGGUGUCUUAACUUCAAUGGACGAGUAACAGUUGCUUCAGUAAAAAAUUUCCAGCUGGUUGCUUCUCCUAAAAAUGGAGUUUCUGAGCAGGCUCAGGAAAAUGUCAUUCUACAGUUUGGAAAAGUCGGAAAGGAUGUAUUCACCAUGGAUUACCAGUAUCCAAUCUCUGCCUUUGAAGCAUUUGCAAUAUGCCUUAGCAGCUUUGACACCAAGAUUGCUUGUGAAUAAUUUCCGGCAUUGACUGGCAGGUGUCGACCAGAGGUACUGCUGCUUGGAAUUGAUCAGAGUAUUGCAAGUUCAGAUAUAGGCCGUAGAUUUUCUGCUUUUCUAUUUGGUCCAGCUAGGCUUCAAUGUCUUCCCCCUUCUACAUUGUAUAUAAUAUAUAUGGUUGUAUGUGUGUGCAUUAAAUUUAACCAACGUGGAUUUUAUGUUUGUGUUUUUGGCGUGCUAGUUUGCAGACAAACUUUUCUUUUUGUGGCAUGAGUUUGCAUCACCUUAGUUGCGAUUGGUUUGUGAGCUUUCCAUUAGUUUCCGUUUGAUGCAUUUGGUUUUGGCAAUGUAAACCUGUUUUUGCUGCUACGUAGGCUUCCAAGAAAUUCUAUAACUUUACAGAGUGCAAACUUUGCUCCCAAGUCUUGAUUGACAAUUCAUCCAUACAGAAGGGAAAG